AUGAGCGAAAAAGAAUGUAACCUGAUUGCUAGAACGCAUGAAGUGUUCGGAACAUGUUUAACAGCUGAACGAUUGAAAGAAGAUUUUCGAAAGCUCGGUGUAUCAUUUGGUAUGACCCUAUUAGUGCAUUGUUCAUUAUCAAAAAUAGGUUGGAUCGCUGGUGGACCAGUCACUGUUAUACAAGUACUAUUAGAUCUACUCGGUCCUCAUGGGACACUUAUCAUGCCAUCUCAUACUUCUGAUAAUACGGAUCCAAAAUAUGGAUCUAACUCGUUUAUACCACCCGAAUGGUUUGACGCUAUUCGCAAGUCAUUGCCUGGUUAUCAAGCUGAUAUAACACCAACAUUUAAGAUGGGUAAAGUUUCUGAGACAUUUCGUCAUUGGCCUGGUGUUUUGCGUAGUCAACAUCCUUUGUAUUCUGUUAUUGCUCUCGGUGAAAAAGCAAAACUUAUUACCGAACAUCAUUAUGACUCGUGUGGCGAACAAUCCCCAUUAGCUCGCCUCUAUGCUUGUAUGGACAAUGGCUAUGUGCUCUUACUAGGUGUUCAACAUAAAAAUAACACAUCACUACAUUUAUCAGAAUAUCGAUAUCAGAUUAACAAAAACAGCGAGAAAUCAUUUCGAUGUAGUGCUGCAAUAAUGGAUUCUGAAACGAAUGAACGUCAGUGGAUUGAAUGGGUGGAUUAUGAUUAUCGCGCUGACGAUUUUAUCGAUAUUGGCAACGCAUUUGAUUCCAUCGAGGGAAAUACAAAGAUAGGGAAAGUUGGAUUAGCUGAAUGCAAACUAAUACCACAGCAUUUGUUAGUUGAUUUCGGUGUUGAUUGGAUGACUAAGAACAGACGAUCAUAA